AUGAAUAUCGGGGAAUUGUUUCUUGCUGGAGCGCUUAAAUGUCCCAUGUACCGCCUGCGUAUCGUCAUGAACUUUCCCGGGCUGCUGAUGUUCGCCAAAACACGAGGCAUGCACGGACUGAGCCACUUUGAUCAAAAGGGUGAAAAGAUGCGAGACUACUACAAGGACCCCUGGCAUGGUCGAUACUACGCAGAGCACGAGGCCAGGACGGAUGGAUAUCUUCGAGGGAAAGCCCAGAAAGAGGUGCGCACCUUUAUCAAGGUCAAGACAUCCCUUCGGGAGAAUGGCGAGGCAGAGGUCCGCGUGCAGGAGAGUGAACAAAUGGUCGCAUGGCUCAAAGCUAGUCCCAAUGCGCCCAGAAUGCUUCCAUCCCGGCGCUUCCAUGUGUCACAGGACCGGCAUGAAAUCUGA